AUGGUGGCGGUUCAGGAUGGCGGCAGGUUUGACCGAGGAACGGAUGGGAUUUCGGGUGUUGCAGAGACUGAUGGCAGGAUGCAAUCUUUCACACGUAUCAAGCAAGCUUUUUGCUGUAUCUCGGAUGUGAAAUGCCCACUUGUGGAAGGAAUCCGAGUGGAUGAUUCAGAUGCAGUUAUUCAGUUACUGUGCACGCCAGGAGAGGACAGACUUCAGAUCUUAGAAUGGUUAUGCAUCAGCUCCGAUCCACGGCUCAAAAGAAAAUUUGAAGAACUACGUUAUAAAUCCAUGCAGGACUAUGGAACAGAACUUGUAAUAAAACAAAUGACCUGGCAUGGGCAUAGCAUGGGACUGUGCAAUGUGGAGGACUUUGAUAUCUUUAGGGGUCAGGCAAGUCCCCUAAAACAAUUGGUGAUGAUGGAUCAGAUGUUAGGUGGCCUCCAACAAUUUAAGCAUGUUACCGCAUCAGCCUCAACAGACGUAGAAAGUAUUAUGUGUAUUAAAAAUUGGAAUGCCCAGCUGCUAAAUGAUGUUCUGAGUGAUCCCCAUCUUCGUUUGCCAGCAAAUUUGGACUGUAAUUGCUCUCUUGAUGCACACAGACUCCUUAAGAAAGGUGAAGCCAACUUUGAGUCACAAGGAAAAAUGAAAUCCUCUCCACCUUCUUUUGAAUCCCUGGAGAAAUUGUUGACAAAGCUUUCUGAGGAAUUAAAAGAAACAAGUAGGCAGUUUGAAGAGAUGAAGAAAACAGUUGCUUUCAUGGGAUCCAUGGAAAGUAAUGAUACCGUCAUUCAAACCUUGAAGCUCACACUUUCAGAUUUUCACCAACUGAUGACUGUGUUUUCCCUAGCAUUUGAGCAUGAAUUUGGUGUAAACUGUAAUAAAGCCCCACCUCAACUUUGCAACUAUGGACCACUUUGUAAAACUGUACAUAAGCUGCUAACGGCUUGUACCAAUGAGCUUGCUGGCUUGGCAGAGAUAAACACCACAUGCACAAAGUUGGAGACGAUUGUCAAUGGACUACAGAAAGAUGUCAUAACCUGGGAUGAUGGUGAAGUUGCUACACUGCCAAUACGGGUUAAAGAGAUGAAGAGGAAAUAUGCAGAUUUUCUGGAAGCUUUUCAGAGCCAUGCCUAAUGAAGUUGUACUUCUGCACGUACAUAGUGUAUUCUUUUAAUGAUGACUCUAGCAAAGCUCUUCUCACCCACUGUUUGAAAAUAAAAUAGUUUUUUAUGAAAAAUAUUCUAGAUUGUAAUGUUUUGUAAGACUUUCUGUAUGAUGCAGUAAUUUGAUGUAAAUUCGCCAUGAUUAUUAAAAAUAAGAUUUUGUGAAGUCAAAAAUAUCUAAGAUUUGUUAAUUGGGGUAGCAUUGUACCUAAGCAUUUUUAAGUAUAGCAGCCUUGUGAUUUAUUUGUUUUAUGGUUAAUGCUGUACAUGUCCUAACUGUGAAAUUGCUGAGAAAAUGCUUUCCAUUUCACUUUUACUGCGAAUAUCAUGUUAGAAAUGUGCAAAGGUGCUACUAGUUCAUGUUCUUCAAACUCUGGGCACAGUAUUGUAGCUGCCAGCUGUGUGUCAUUUUAACAGCCCUCUAGGCUUUCGGACAGGAAGUUGUGAGUACAAGUCCCAACCCAGAAUUUUGCAUAUUGAAAGUUGUCUUAAGUUGACAUUCUAGUAUAGUUCUGAGAAAGCAUUGCAUAGUUGGUAGUUCUACCACCUUGAUGAGAUGUUGUAUUGUGAAGAGUCAUGGCUGUCACAUGACACCACUGAUCACCUGGUCGAAAGUAACAUCACAGUCAAUCAAGGUCUGGCUCCACCCGCCCAUUAGUCCACACUUGACCAUUGGCCUCUGUAAACACCUGUGUACCUGACGUUGGGCCAUUGGCUUGUUUGAACUACCUGGGCUGGACCACCCAGCACUAUAAAGAGUGCCAUGUGCGUGGUUCUCUCUCUGUUGAUUGCUCUGAGGAAUCGUGAAACAAUGCUGAAGAGACCAUUGUGCACUUCCAUAGGGUUAGGAGUGUCCUAAAGUAGAUUCCCAGUAUUGUAGAGCCAUGCUUGCACUGAGUCGAGGGGUGGCAGGCAUUGUGUUGUUUCUUCCUUGAUCGUUUGUACCCAGUUUGUUGUGUGUGCUUGUGUGCAUCUCACCCUUGUUGCGAUUUCCCCCCACGUUCGCGAUCACCAGUGUGCGUGUGUGUAUGUGUGUGUUUGUUCCCGUUUAUCCUGUCCCGCGUUUGUCUUUUAUAAAUAAAUCAUUUUAACUCCAAAGACUGUGUCCGGAGUCCUUGUCCCUCGAGACCCUCAAAUCUGUUACACAACAGAUGUUAAACUAAGGCACUGUCUGACUCAUGAAUGCAAAACAUCCCACAUUAUUUCAAAGAACAGUGGGCCUGGUUGUGUGGAGCAUGCACAUCCAUUAAUAAAUCCUUUGAUCAACGUCACCAAAACAGAUUUAUCUGUUCAUGAUAAUCUUGUUUGUGGGAGCUUUACAUGGACAAAUUGGCUGUGGUGGUUCCUAUAUC